AUGAGCCGCCUUUCGUCUGCCACGUGCCCGUUGUCGGACUGCACGCUCGCGGUCGAUAACGCCGAGAACAUCCGUAACAGCAAGGAUGUCUCCUUGUUGGCCCUGAAGGUUGCCGCUACCGCUGUCGUCAUCCCGAGCACUCCUCGCCAACGUGCGCUGCUGCGCAACGCCAAGGCCAUAGGCUGCUCGGCUGCUGCGGAGGCGGUAGCCUUGCCUGCUUGUCGCGAGCGCAUUUCCGGCACUACACACAACACUAACAUCACCGCUUCGACAGCUGUUGUGAACACCGCCGCAGGGAUGCCGCCCUUCUCUACGAGUGCGGUUUGUCGCUCUUCCUCACUCGAUUGCUACGUCUUCGCUAAGCCCUUCACACCUGCCUCAACGCUGCACCGCAACGACCCGUACUCGCCGUGCCUCCUGAAAAGUACCUGCAGCCCGGAGGACAGCUUCUACGCAUGCUACAGCGAGGUGGAUGAGGCUCUAGCAGUGGUGGCGAUGAACCCUGCGAACACACCGACCCGCUUGCCUGUUGUGUGCCAGACAGCCGCUCUUCCCUCCGAGACCCAGGCGCUACUCGAGUUACUUUCCAAAACGGCUGUCUCUUCUUCACCUUGCAUGUCACCGAUGACAGCGCCGAUGAAGAUGUGCGACAGUGCGGAGCAGUCUCCCGCGUCGCUGGCGGCGGGUGGAGGGUUGACUACAACGCCAUCGCCGGCCUCAACGCCGGAGCGCGCCGCGUCGCCGUCAUCGCGUCAGCCGUGUGCUGCCUCGGCUCGCGUGAUCCGCAAGGUGGUGAGCUGUGGCGUGGACCGCACGUCUGGUCGCCCGGUCCCGAAGCCGAAGGAGUAG